AUGGCGGCGAUGUGCGAGAGCAUUCCGACCUGAGGAAUCAAACUUUUACUGAAUUUAAUAUCGCAAAAGUUUAGUGCUAGAUUGAUCGAGUUAUGAAUACUGGAACAGUACUGUUCAUGUCAGAUCAAAUAAACCAUGACCGACAAGAGAAGCAUCGGUGUGCGACUCAAAUCAGAUGGGGCGAGAGAAUGCCGCAGCAGAAUGUCCAAACUUUCCCAGAACAGAAUGCAAACAAAGAGACGUGUGAUCGGACUCCAAGACUCACAGUCUCCUUCUUAUCACAAGUCAUUCAACUAUCGUAAAGCUUUUACAACCCCAAAACGGCGGCCAAGAACCAGAUACAACAGUUGUUACAGUGGAGAUUCACCCAACGAUACUGAAUCCCCCCUGCAAGACAUAAUCUGGGAUCCGAACUCACCCACUCAAAGCGUAAAUGGAAAUGGAGAUGGCAGAGUAAUUGAGAUAUCAGAAAUUGUCAAUAGGAUUGCACCAAAGGUUGAGAGGCCUAAAGAAGGGGACUCAGUGCUCCAGUGGAUUGGAGACAGUGCCGUACCCUGCACCCCAGAGAUCAGGCAGCCCCGAGUCAGGAGAAUCUCAGCACGGCAGAGCAACGUUGAGGACCUCAUGAAACUUGCCAAGCAGUUUGACAUCAAUAUGACUCGUCAGGACAAAGAGAAACAGCAGAAGAGCAUUGAAAACUUAAAUCAACUCAACAAGUCACAAAUUGAUGGAACAACAAAAAUUACACCAGCAUCUGUUGCAAUCAUGACUGAAGAAGAGGAGCUUCGUGCACUGUUUGAUGGACCCACUCAGCACUUAAGUGGGAGACUAAGCCCACCAUCAGCAAACUGCACACCAGAAGGCAGAACCAACCCUGCAGCCCUGGCUGGACAGUCAAGUUCUGCAGCAUUCAAGAACGCUUCUGCACCUAAAGCAAGCGAGGUGGACUUUGAUGAUGAUUGGGAAAAUGAUGACCUUCUCAAUGACUCUUUUGUGUUGGAGAUGACGCAGAACCAAGUGCCUUUGAAUGGAGCUGAGAAACCUUGUGCCACUCAGCUCAAGUCUUGCUCCAGGAAAUGUAAAUCUGUGGCCAAGACAAACGCCUCUGUAUCUAACGGCAGAGACAUCUGCUUACAGAUUCAACAGAGCACCAGCAAAAGCAGCACCUUUACUAGGACACAUGCUGAAGUCCAAACGUCUACCCAGAGCACUUUUAGGCUGAAGCCACAGGAUCAAACUACAGAGAAGCUGCUAAGGACAUCGCUUGUGGACCAAGUGAAGCAUCAGGCACAAUUGUCCGAGGGUAAAACGCCCAAAGAUUGUGAAGCCUCUGGUCAAACUUCUACUGCUACUUUUGACGGGGUUUCAAAAGAGGACCUGAAGUCUCUGUUUGAAUCUGAUGGCCUCUGGAAUGAUGACGACGACGAUCUCCUUUGUCAAGCUUGCGAUGACGUGGAGAGGAUAUCGGCCAGUCAGGAGGAGCAAAGACACAGCAAGGACUAUGCAGAGUUAGACAAAUCAAGAAGCUUAACAUCUAGGAACACCAUUCAUGCUGAAACCAUGGCCAUUAACAGCAAGUCCCCACAUGUGUUUGUCCGCUCUAACUCAGUACCGUGUUCCAGUGGCAGCUCUGGAUUAAAACAGAACUACGGUGUUUUAGCGACUACUAAAGGAUCCAGCUCUGGAAUGGAAAGUUACAUUCCUUCCUAUUAUGGGCAGGCACAAAACAAAUUGACUGAAGUAAAAAAUGCAUCCGCACCCAGUCUCGGUUUUGUCAGAGGCACUUCACAGACCGUUAUGCCAAAAAGCAUAACAGUGGGAAAAGCCUCUAAUUCCCACCAUUUCACUUUCAAAAGACAUCUAUCUGACUCUGCCACGCUCGCCAACAAAGUUUUUAUUUCAUCUCCUGCAACUGUGAAAUGUUCGGCUGCUGAGAUUGACCGGAAGAAACAGGAAGCAAUAGCGAGGAGGAGAUUACAGAUGCAGGCUAGCCAGAAAAAUGGUGCGCCUACAUAGGAAACCACAGAGUAGCCUGUACUGUGACAUGAAUGUUCAUUGAGCUGCUACUCUGUAAAGCUGUGAAUCAUAAAGCCUGGAGAUCUCACUCCAGUCCAAAUCUGUUACUAAUAUAUAGUUAACACUAAUAUGUCUCUUUAAAGGAAAUGUUAUUUGAAGAUUUCUCAUGCUUCUUAGAAUAAUGUCCUGCAGUGUUAAAUCUGUCUAACAGCCAAUCUAAAUGAAUGGAAUUUCUCGCACAUUACUGUUCCGUUAUUACCACCCAGUAUUGUAAGUCAGAUUAAUGGCCGAGCUAUGAAAGACUUCACAACUUUUGCCAGGGUUUGAUGAAGCAUUUCAAACACGUGCCAUUUGGAUUAUGAUUGAAAGCAGUGUGGGCUAUGGGCUACAUCCUUGUAUAUACAGUUACAAAUGAUUGGUCAAAAGAUUGCAUCUAGUCUCUUCUGUACAUAGCUUAGUAUUACAUAAAAAAAAAAAAACAUUUCCCAUUAUAAAUGGGGGAAAAUACUUCAAUUUUUGAUAAUCAAGCGAGAGAUCUUGUUUGCAUUUGCUUUGUUGUCUAAGUUCCUUAAUUUUUCUGUUAAAAAUAAUAAUUGCAGAUAUAAUGAAAGAAACAUUUUACAUUGUGUAUUAUUGCUUUCAACGUCUAUUAAA